AUUAAGACAUACACUUAAUUACCCAUAGGAUUCCUCUUCUAUGCAACCAUACUAAUGCAUAGAAUUUAUUUGGUGCACUCAAGUCACCAUUAAUAUUAACAUACACAAACAGGGGCUAAUACCACUAGAGAGAAUAACAUGCUUACCUCAAGAUUUUCUGGGUUGAAUUCACCAUUAACAUAUCGCUUUAAUAUUGAGAUAGAGUUGUUAGACUUUAUUUUAGUGAGAAGUUAGAGAUAUAAUUAGCAAAGACAAUGCAAUAAAAAGAGUGAUAGAUAUUUUUUUAUGCCCCAAAUACUUACACACAAUGUCCUUCAUAAACCCGGGCCCAUAUUGGAUAUAAUUAAAAUACAAGUCCAAGUAACAAACAUUCAUUCUAACUUAUAAUAGAGAUUCAUUAGAGUUUACAACUAAUGAAUGAAGCAUCAACUAUGGGCAAAAGUAGCAUAAGAGGAAACAUAGAAAAUGGAAUACAGUCUGUUACCACACAACACUAUCUAGUAUCUUGAACCCACCUCACACUCUCACUCACUCACUCAUUCUCUCUCUUUGCAAUACCACAUUUCAUCACUAUAUAUAUACUCACUCACAAGUCAUAACCCUCACUUACAUUAUCACUUCUAUCUUCAUACCCCGAUUAACACAAAGCUACCUAGCUAGCUAUGAAGUCUCUUCACUUGUCCCUCUUUUUCUUUAUAUUUCUGUCAUUUUCCCAACAUGGGCUUGCCCGAUCCAACCACUACUGCAACCUCCCAUCAGACAAAGCCUCAACCCUAAAAGUGUUCCAUGUAUCAAGCCCAUGCUCACCUUUUAAGCCCAAGAAAAUGUCUUGGGAAGAGAGUGUGAUCCAAACUCUUAUUGAGGAUAAGGCCCGGUCCCAAUACUUGACUAGCCUUGUGGCCCGAAAGUCAGUAGCUCCGGUUGCUUGGGCUAGACAGUUGAUACAAAGCCCGACGUACAUUGUAAGGGUGAAUGUUGGGACACCACCACAGACAUUUUUAAUGGCAUUGGAUACAAGUAGUGAUGCUGCUUGGUUGCCUUGUAAUGGUUGUCAAGGUUGUGGUUCUUCUCUUUUUGCCCCUGAUAAAUCUACAUCCUUUAAGGGUGUUGCUUGUGGGACCCCUCAAUGUCAACAGGUAUUAAAUUCGGGUUGUUUACAAAACUCCUGCACAUUCAACCAAACCUACGGAGGCUCCACCAUAGCGGCUGCCCUGUCACAAGAUACCAUAGCCCUAGCCCAAGACCCUGUCCCAGACUACGUGUUCGGAUGCAUCCAGACGACAACCGGAGCAUCCGUACCACCCCAAGGACUAUUGGGUAUGGGCCGAGGCCCAUUAUCACUCCUUUCACAAACCCAAACCCUAUAUCAAUCCACAUUUUCUUAUUGUUUGCCCAGCUUUAGAUCAUCCAACUUUUCAGGAUCGUUGAGACUGGGCCCGGUAGCCCAAUCCAAAAAGAUGCCUUACACACAAUUACUACAGAACCCAAAAAGGCCUUCACUGUACUAUGUGAACUUGAUUGGUAUUAAAGUUGGACGUAAAACUGUAGACAUUCCUCCUCAGGCUUUGGCCUUCAAUCCUAACACUGGAGCCGGCACAGUUAUUGAUUCUGGCACGGUGUACACACGGCUAGUCAUAUCGGCCUACACGGCCAUGCGAGACGAAUUCCGUAGUCGGAUGGGAAGCGCAAAUGUAACAUCCUUAGGUGGGUUUGACACAUGUUACAGUGUACCAAUUACAAUACCAACCAUAACAUUCAUGUUCCAAGGCAUGAACUUGACGUUGCAGCAAGACAACUUCAUGCUUCGUAGCACCUCCACUAGUAUUGCCUGUCUCGCUAUGGCGUCCGUCCCUGAAAACGGCCUUAAUAUCAUUGCUAACAUGCAGCAGCAGAAUCACAGGGUGCUGUUUGAUAUUCCCAAUAACAGGAUUGGUAUUGCUAGAGAAACUUGUACUUAGAUAUAUAUUUAAUUAUAUAUAUUUCUCUUUGAGGGAUGUUGUUUAAUUAUUAUUAUUAGUAGUAUUUUGUGGGAGGAAACUUGUUUUAGCUUGAUAUCAAAGUUCUUUUGUUUUGGUUUUGUUUUUCAUAAGUAAGGUGUUUGGUCCGUGACUUGAAAGAAUUAUAUUUUGUAGUAAUUAAUCACCUGGUUAAAUAAUUGAACAAAGUGAUAAAAAUAUUACAAAAAGAAAUAAUAUAUAGAGUUGUUUAAUUAAGAAUUAUUUAUAAUUUUACCUGCUUUUAGAGACAUUUAAAAGGUUCAAUUGCAUAUAGUUUUUUAAAUAAAGAG